GCUGUGCUACUGUACAACCCUGAGAGCUUCCACACACAGGUACACACACUCCUGCGCCCGGCUGGCUCAGCUUUAUUUCACCUGAAGACUCUCAAAGAUGCAUAAACAGUACACCUCAGUCAAGCCCACUGAAGACAUCAAUGUAAAGACGGACAACGGACCUCAACCGAAGAAGCAUCGGUAUGUUCGGAAAGAGGGAACCUGUAACGUCGUGUUCCGACACGUCCCCGAGGAGUGGCUCCUGUUCGUGACCGACAUCUUCACCACGUUGGUGGAGAUCAGAUGGAGGGUGAUGUUCCUCAUCUUUGCCUUGUCUUACAUCCUAUCCUGGCUUUUCUUCGGGAUCCAAUACUGGGUCAUCGCUCUCGCUCACGGAGACCUCCAGAACCACACGAACGAUCCGUGCAUGUACGAAGUGCGCAGCUUCACGGCCGCGUUCCUCUUCUCCCUGGAGACCCAAACCACCAUCGGGUACGGCUUCAGAGGGAUGUCCGAGAACUGCAUGAUCGCAAUCAUCAUCGUCACGAUACAAGACGUCAUCAGCUGCUUCAUCGACACGUUCGUGAUUGGGAUUGUCGUCGCCAAGAUGGCCUCGGCUAGGAAGCGAGCGCAGACGGUGGGCUUCAGUAACUCUGCGGUCAUUAACCUACGUGACGGCUUCUUGUGUCUUUCCUGGAGAGUCGGCGACUUCCGCCGGCAUCACCUCGUUGAAGGAACUGCUCUCGCUCAGAUUGUGCGCUCCACGGUGCACGCGACGGGGAAAGUGGACGUGACCUACGAAGACCUGCUGAUCCAGCAGAAGGACAUCAUCCUGGCAACGCCUACCACCAUCUCCCACAGGAUCGCACCCGGCAGCCCGCUGUACAGCAUGAGUCUGGCAGAUCUACGGCGAGCAGACUUUGAGCUGGUGGUGUCUUUUACCUACACGGACGACUCCACAGGGAUGCUGCAUCAGUCCCGAACCUCGUACACCCCUGCUGAGAUCCUCUGGGGUCAGCUGUUCCAGGAGAUGAUCCGCGUCAGCAGGAGGAACUACAGGGUGGAUUACACUUUGUUCAAUCACACCGCCAAGGUUCUGGUGCCCGAGGUCAGCGCUGAGGAGUACGAACUCAAGAAGCAGCUGAGGCCUUCUCCUCGACACUCCCCCCGGCAUUCCCCGCGCCCCUCUCCUCGGCUCUCCCCUCGCCUUUCACCGAGGUCCUCCCCGCGCCCCGCGAGGGCGCUGCAGCACAAUCACGAAGAAAAGCUUCUGAAGCCUCCGACGGUGACUGUGGAAAUGGUGAAUGACAGUCGCCCUGAAGCAACUGUUUCACCUCAAGCGGACAGCCAACAUUCGAACACUUUGACUCUGCCGAAUGACCUCACGAGUUCAGAGAAGUGAAAGAGGAGACACUGAGCUCCACUUCUUUAAUAAGAACACUGCUAAAGAGCAUUCUGAUGAUGCCAGUGUGAAAAUGUCAAAACUUCAUACUCUGUUUUUAUGCUACAUGUCAAGUCAA